CGCACUGCCACCAAGCGAAACACGAGCAACAUGUAACGGGCAAGUAGAAACCAUACACCAUUUUAUGUAAUGGUAUGUGAAGGUGUAUAGGAAUACGUAUUUCGUAGGUUAAAUCUGAUGCGUAAAAGAGCAGCAGAUAUAUUCGAAGAGAGGCGAAACCUGCUGCGUGUAAAAGUGGGAGGAAAAGAAACUUUUGGGGAAUGGGAAUACAACUUACUAAGAAAGUGCAAGACGCUAUUCUGUAUCAAUGCUAAUUGACAGGCGCAACUUUAGGCGAUGGCGACCCAGACGGAAGAGAAAACGCACAGUGAGCUAACGAAUACGGGACAGUGAGCGAGGCCCACGGCUGGACAAGCCCUUCAGACCCGCCCAACAAUCGAAUAAUAUCCCAGUUGAACUUGGGGAAAGGGGAGAGAUUGGACAGCUAGCUUUACGCAGCGCAACGAGCUGAACAUAUACCCCGACUUCACUACAAGCAACUGAGAAGUGGAACUACACGUCUGCUGUGCGUAAAUUGGAGAUGAUACGGCUUGUUAUGAUUAACAACGUUAUCUAAAGGACGGCGAUAAAGGUAAAUACAGCCAGCUGAUGUGGCCAAAGCACUAUUGUAAGCUACUCCUGCGGCAACACGGCCGCUUUAAUUCAAAGCGAAGCAAGAGACGGAGGGAGUGAACACUUUUGGCGUUUAUAUUUUCUUAUCUACCUUUUAUCAAUAUGGGCGAGAAAGUCGACUCGAAACGAUCGACUCCGGUGGAAGGCUGUUUGGACGGGGAGAGCAGCAACCUCAGCGUGCUCAACUGGGAACAAGUGCAGCGCCUGGACGCUAUCCUGGCUGAGUCCAUCCCAAUCCACGGUCGCUGGAACUUCCCAACCCUUGAGAUUAAACCGCGGGACAUAGUCAAAGUGGUCCGGUGUCGCAUGGAGGAGAAACGCAUACAUGUCCGGGAGGUCCGCCUGAACGGUUCCGCGGCCAGCCAUGUUCUCCAUGAGGACAGCGGGUUGGGAUGGAAGGAUCUGGACUUGAUAUUCUGUGCCGACAUGAAAGGCGAGCUAGAGUUCCAGACAGUGAAGGAUAUAGUUCUUGAUGCUUUGCUAGACUUCUUACCCGAGGGAGUGAACAAGGAGAAGAUCACACCAGUGACCUUAAAGGUAAUAUCACUUUUAUUAUCAGUUGACAUGAUCAUUUCAGAUCCAUACUGCUGGUUAAUGCAGUUUAUUACGCAACAGUUUAGGUGCGCAAUGUUUGUAUGAGCAUUGCAUGCUGCGUAUCAUGGCUGCGUUACAAUGCAACCAGUGAAAGUUAUGCUCCAGUAUAAGAAUGCAAUACAUUAGUUUUACAUUACAAUGCAACCAAUGAAAGUUAUGCUCCAGUAUGAAAAUGCAAUACAUUCGUUUUACAUCUUCAUUUCCACUCAAUGUGCUUACUGCAAUAAGUUAUGCACCCUACAGUAGCCUAUAAAUUACAGUUAUGCCAAUCCACAUAGUAUCAACAUUCAUUUAUUUGCUGUAGGCCUAUGAUGCAUUCAGAAUUCUGCCCUGCAUUCUAAGCUGCAUGGUGAUAAGGCUGCAGAUAGUAGAAACUGUGGUUUCCACUACAAAGAGGAUUCAAACUAAUCCAAUUGGUACGGGAUCCGCUCAUUUACCUAGAUACCUACUUACACAUGACCCAACACUAGAGCUGUCCAGCUGACCAAAUAAGGGAGAAGAUUACCCUCUGUUCAAUGCAAAACAUAUAUGGUGUUUCUCAAUAUGCAUACUACCGUGCUCCACACUCAUGCUCUGAGUGCAUUCUCCGAGGAUAUUCCCUGUGUGGAGAGUGUGGAGAACGCAUAAAACAUUACAUUUGAGCAGCACUCGCACUCCCCCUAUUGUAUUACCUCAUGCUGCACAUCCCCAUUCACUGAACCUUCUUCCAGCCAGGACAAUAGCAACAGAAGAAACAAGAUUUACACAAAGCAAACUUUUUAUUCCAUAACUAUCACUUAGCUAUAUGUGAAUUGUAAUUAUCUAGCUAACCAGAUAGUUUAACAGGCAAAAAUGACCUAAAACUAAUGUUAUACAAGGUAGAUGUCAAUUCUUGGUGGGUAGCUAGCUGUACAUUCUUCAUGGCCAUCUAACUAGCGAAUAGUAGUAGCUAGCCAGUUAGCCCUAUUAACUUACCAUGGGCUUGCGAUCUACGCACACUACAGUGGGUAUUGUAGGCAGAUAAACAUGCCAAAAUUAACACAGUGGGUGUUUCUCAAAAUGCAUACUACCGUGCUCUGAGCACGCAAAUUGGAGCAUGGGAGGGUCGGAGUAUGAGUCCAAAUCAAAGUAUGUGAAACAGAGCAUGGAGGGCAGUUCUCGAAUGCAUACUCUGUUUGUACAUACUUUGAAGCAUGCAUCGAUGCAAGCUUCAACGGAAAGUAUGCAAAGAAAUAUGACGCAACCACGUAACAAAAUUAUGCAACAUUUCUUGAAAUCAAUGGCGGCCAUUAUUUGAGCUGAAGUGAGAGAAAAAAUUAACUCAGACUUCGGAAAGAAAGGUUUCCUAUUCACAUCUCAUAUGUUGCCUGACUACAAUAUUGUAUCUUGAUAUGUUAAUAAAUACAUGCUGUGUUAAUUUUGGCAUGUUUACCUGCCUACAUACUGUAGAUCGCAAGCCCAUAAUAAGUCAAUAAGGCUAACUGGCUAGCUAGUAGUACUGUUAGCUAGCCAGAUAGUCAUGAAGAUUUGUUAGCUAGCUACCCAUGAAGAAUUGACAUUUAUCUUGCAUAACAUUAGUUUUAGAUCAUUUUUGCCUGUUAAACUAUCUGGUUAGCUACAUUAUUACGAUUCACAUAUAGCUAGCUGAUAUUUAUGAAGUAAAAUGGUUGCUUUGUGUAUAUCUUGUUUAGUCUCUAUUGCCAUUGUUGUCUUGGCUGGAAGACGGUUCAGUGAAUGGGUAAGUCCAUAGUAAAUCAAUAGGGCUAACUAGCUAGCCACGAAGAAUUGGUAGCUACCCACGAAAAAUGUACAUCUACAGUACCUUGCAUAACAUUCAUUUUAGGUAAUUUUUGCCUGUUUAUCUAGCUGGCUAGCUAGAUUAUUAUGAUUCACAUAUCUAGCUGAUAAUUAUGAAGUAAAACAUUAGAUUUUUGUAUAUCUUGUUUCGUCUAUUGUUGCCAUUGUCCUGGCUGGAAGAAGGUUCUGUGAAUGGGGAGCUGAAGCGUGAGGUAAUACAGUAAGGGGAGUGUGAGUGCUUGUCAAAUGUAUUGUUUUAUACAUUCUCCACACUCUCGUCCUCAAGAGAAUGUGGUCAGAGAAUGAAGUACGCAUCUGAGAAGUGCCCUCCAUGCUCUGUUUCACAUACGUUGAUUUGGACUCAUACUACGAAUCUCCCGUGCUCCAAUUUGCACACUCGAAGCGCGGUAGUAUGCAUUUUGAGAAACACCCAUGGAUUCAUUCAAUUCAGAUAACCUCAUCUGACACAGGCAAGAAUCACACAUGCAAAUAUUCCAUUACCAAUAAGUUCUCAUAAUACAGAUGUCAGACAUAUACAGAUGUUUUCAUAUCAGACAAAGACGAGAACUUAUAGUUGUGAGGUAGGCAGGCUACCAGUAACGGAUGUGAUAAGGAUUACAUACAGUACCAGUCAAAAGCUUGGACAUGCCUACUCAUUCAAGGGUUUUUCUUUAUUUUUACUAUUUUCUACAUUGUAGAAUAAUAGUGAAGACAUCUAAACUAUGAAAUAACACAUAUGGAAUUAUGUAGUAACCAAAAAAUGUGUUAAACAAAUCCAAACAUAUUUUAUAUUUGAGAUUCUUCAAAGUAGCCACCCUUUUCCUUGAUGACAGCUUUGCACACUCUUGGCAUUCUCUCAACCAGCUUCAUGAGGUAGUCACAUGGAAUGCAUUUCAAUUAACAGGUGUGCCUUGUUAUAAGUUAAUUUGUGGAAUUUCUUUCCUUCUUUAUGCGUUUGAGACAAUCAGUUGUGUUGUGACAAGGUAGGGAUGGUAUACACAAGAUAGCCCUAUUUGGUAAAAGACCAAGUCCAUAUUAUGGCAAGAACAGCUCAAAUAAGCAAAGAGAAAUGACAGUCCAUCAUUACUUUAAGACAUGAAGUUCAGUCAAUCCGGAAAAUGUCAAGAACUUUGAAGGUUUUUUCAAGUGCAGUCGCAAAAACCAUCAAGCGCUUUGAUGAAACUGGCUCUCAUGAGGGCCGCUACAGGAAUGGAAGACCCAGAGUUACCUCUGCUGCAGAGGAUAAGUUCAUUAGAGUUAACUGCACCUCAGAUUGCAGCCUAAAUAAGUACUUCACAGAGUUCAAGUAAGAGACACAUCUCAACAUCAACUCUUCAGUGGAGACUGCGUGAAUCAGGUCUUCAUGGUCGAAUUGCUGCAAAGAAACCACUACUAAAGGACACCAAUAAUAAGAAGAGACUUGCUUGGGCCAAGAAACACGAGCAAUGGACAUUAGACCGAUGGAAAUCUGUCCUUUGGUCUGAUGAGUCCAAAUUUGAGAUUUUUGGUUCCAACCGCCAUGUCUUUGUGAGACACAGAGUAGGUGAACGGAUGAUCUCUGCAUGUGUGGUUCCCACCGGGAAGCAUGGAGGAGGAGGUGUGAUGGUGUGGGGGUGCUUUGCUGGUGACACUGUCAGUGAUUUACUUAGAAUUCAAGGCACACUUAACCAGCAUGGCUACCACAGCAUUCUGCAGCGAUACGCCAUCCCAUCUGGUUUGGCCUUAGUCCCACUAUCAUUUAUUUUUAAACAGGACAAUGACCCAGAACACACCUUCAGGCUGUGUAAGGGCUAUUUGACCAAGAAGGAGAGUCAUGUUGCUGCAUCAGAUGACCCGGCCUCCACAAUCACCAGACCUCAACCCGAUGAGUUGGACCGCAGAGUGAAGUAAAAGCAGCCAACAAGUGCUCAGCAUAUGUGGGAACUCGUUCAAGACUGUUGAAAAAGCAUUCCUCAUGAAGCUGGUUGAGAUAAUGCCAAGAGUUUGCAAAGCUGUCGUCAAGGCAUAGGGUGGCUACUUUGAAGAAUCUCAAAUAUAAAAUAUAUUUUGAUUUGUUUAACACUUUUUUGGUUACUACAUGAUUCCAUAUGCGUUUUUUCAUAGUUUUGAUGUCUUCACUAUUAUUCUACAAUGUAGAAACUAGUACAAAUACAGAAAAACCCUUGAAUGAGUAAGUGUGUCCAAACUUUUGACUGGUACUGUACAUGGGUGCGAACUAAAUAUAACUAAAUGCGUGAGAACUAAAUUCAACAAGCAGUUGAAAAUUGAAUAUUGAACAUAAAGUGAAAAUGACACCAGAUAAUUAUCAAUCACAUUCAAAUCAACCCCUGACAUACUUUCUUUCUUAAAGUACAUUAUUAUUCCUUACUCCGUCACCUGGCACAUUGCCAGACCUAAAUACAGAGGAUGAUAAAUGUACUGAGAAUAAAUGCAGAAAUGGACCAUGAGACAUAAUAAACACAUUAAUCUAUCAACAUGUUUGGUAAUAUGAUGAAUGUGAUAAUAUGAUGAUAGAUAUUAGAGCUGGGAAUUGCCAGCGACCCCAUAAUACGAUAUUAUCACGAUACUUAGGUGCCGAUACGAUAUAUAUUGCGAUUCGAUGUUCCAAACAUAUUGCUCACCAUAUGUCUGCUGCAGAGGGACAAGAGAGAGCCAUGAGAAAACGAGUUUUGAUCAGUCAUGGAAAUUGAAAAAGUACUGAAAACAAAUUGGCUCCCUAUUUAAAAAGAAGAUGGAGAACAAGCUAUGAAGGACAAAUACUGGCUGAUACCACGGCUUUCAGCCAAUCAGCAUUCAGGGCUCAAACCAACCAGUUAAUAAAAUAAAAAAUAAAAUUAAUGUAUUUGUGUCUAAUCAUUCAUUUAUUAUUACCAUUUACCAUAGACCGAAAACACAUAGAUAUGUAUUCUUAUGUCUGUGGUGUUGUGUUUUCAGGAGGCCUAUGUGCAGAAGAUGGUGAAGGUUUGUAAUGACUCAGACCGCUGGAGCCUCAUCUCCCUCUCCAACAACAGAGGCAAGAAUGUGGAGUUAAAGUUUGUGGACUCUCUGCGUCGCCAGUUUGAGUUCAGUGUGGACUCCUUCCAGAUUCGCCUGGACUCCCUCCUCCUCUUCUACGAGUGCUCCGAGCACCCCAUGGCAGCCACUUUCCACCCCACCAUCCUGGGAGAGAGCGUCUAUGGUGAUUUCUCCGCCGCUCUCGACCAUCUACGCAAACGCCUCAUCUGCACGCGGAGCCCCGAGGAGAUUCGCGGUGGUGGUCUACUGAAAUACUGCCAUCUGCUGGUCCGGGGUUUCUGCGCGGCUUCUGGAACCGAAAUGAAACUUCUGCAACGCUACAUGUGCUCCAGGUUCUUCAUAGACUUCCCAGAGGUAGGCGAGCAGAGGAGGAAACUGGAAUCCUACCUCCAGAACCACUUUGUGGGUCUCGAGGACAGGAAAUACGACUAUCUGGCCACUCUGCAUGGAGUAGUGCGGGAGAGCACGGUGUGCCUGAUGGGCCACGAGAAGAGACAGACACUGGGCCUCAUCUCCUCCCUGGCCCUUCGGGUUCUUGCCGAGCAGAACGUCAUCCCCAACACAGCCAAUGUCACCUGCUACUACCAGCCCGCCCCAUAUGUCGCAGACGGCAACUUCAGCAACUACUACGUGGCCCAAGUGCAGCACGUUUACCCUCAGCAGUACCCCCCUCAGCAGUACCCCCCUCAGCAGUACCCCCCUCAGCAGUACCCCCCUCAGCAAUACCCCCCUCAGCAAUACCCUCCGUCACAGUAUCCCCUUCCACACCAUCCACCUCCGCACCACCCCAUGUACACUGCAUGGAUGCCCUGCAACUGA